AUGAACUCCUCCAUUAUAGAUAUGCUGGCAUUCAUGAUAACCAACGUGCUUAUCUGUAUAUUCCAAACGACUACAAUACUUCUUGGAACUUUCGUGAUCUAUCUCUUCUCCAGAAAUAUUGUAUUGAGAAAUAGUGGAGGGCUUCAAUUGAUAUUCUUAUUAACCAUAUGUGACGUGUUCGCAGCUAUCACAACAAUUCCUUAUAUUGUUUACCUGAUAGUGGGAUGGAAGCCGAGAGAAACAUAUUAUGAUCCUAAAACGAUUGUUUACAUAUCUCUGACUUUUGUUGCUCAGCUCAAGAUUCAUUUGACGUUCACACUCUCCAUUGCCAUUGAUAGAUCUCUUGCAGUAUAUCAACCAGCCUUAUAUCGUAGGAAAAAUUCAAAAGUAUAUGCCAUGGGCACAUUAUGCGUUGCCAUACUAUUCGCCUUGUUUGAUAUAUCUCUAGAACUGUUAAUAGCUGAUUAUGAUGAGAUUCCCAAUUGCGCAGCUAUAGGUUGCUUCUUGGACUCUCCAUUUCUAGAGUAUUGGGGUAUAAGCAAUGUGGUGCUAGGUAGUUGCAAACUAUUGUUAACUCUCUCCGUUCUCGUCAAACUUCAUCGAAUGCAUAAAUCACAAUCCAAUGUUGCUUGGGUUACAACUGGUGUUUCAGAAAAGAGAUUCCAUCAAGCAAACAAGUUAUCGUUAAUGGUAAUGGUAGUCUCUGCUUGCUUCAUAACAAUCCCAUCAAUAUCCGUCGGCAUAUCAGAGAUUUUCGGAUUUUCUUUGUUUUCUAGUGUUGGACCGUUUUAUCUCCUCUUUCUCCUUAUAGCAGCAACUUUCAACAUUAGCAUCUACUUGUCCCUUCACAAGGAUGUCAGACGAUGUAUGACAGCAGUUUGGACACACCAAGAAACUGUUUCCGCAUUGACUUCAACGAGCUAA